UUCGGAACGGAUCGGCUUUCACUAUCUCCGCCCUCACACCUGGCCGCUGCAUCGGGACCCUUCCUGGCAAAGGAACUCCAACGGCCUUUAAUUAACCGCAUAAGUGCCGAUUAGAUUGUAAGCGCCUAACGAGUCAGACUACUAUUUGGCGAUUGAUAUGCGCACACAUAGGCGACUCUUCCCUCGAGUCUAGAAACACGCUUCUAUCACUCCACUAUCUAUCGGGAAGCCGAGUCCACAAUCUUAUCGUACCGAAAUCGAUGGUUCGCUGAGUGCCACCGACCAGACACUAGCAUCCCGCGGCAGAGGCGGUACGUAACCGAAGAUGGCGGAAGUGAAGCGUCGGGGAUCGAAUGUCCCGCCCGGGCACUACCUGUGCGGCAUGGCCAACUGGCAUCCCGCGUGGCUCCAGAAGUACGCCACCACCAAGAUGUUCAUGGGCGUGUACGGACUCCUCGGCACCAUCCAGGCCAUGUCCUACAUGUACUUCAUCGUCACCCUCACCACGCUUGAAAAGCGCUUUAGGAUUCCCAGCCAAACAACAGGUAUUAUUCUGAGCGGCAAUGAAAUCUCGCAGAUCCUGCUGUCCCUUAUCCUGUCCUACAUCGGUGGCCAGCGGAAUCGACCCCGGUGGAUAGCAUGGGGCAUUGUCUUCUGCGGCCUGUCCUGCUACAUUCUCGUCCUGCCGCACUUCAUCUACGGAGCUGGUCACGAGGUACUACAGUUCACCAAGGAGUACCAGGAGAGCCUGCUGAAUGGCACAUCUGCAUCGGGUCAGCCCCUGGUGAACAUCACCACUGUCCAGACCGACGGACUCUGUGGGGCGGGCGCAGCGAAGGACAACUGCGACGACCUGUCCUCCUACGUGCCCUUGGUGCUCAUCUUCGUCUCGCAGUUCGUGCUGGGCGUGGGCAACACCAUGUACUACUCCCUGGGACAAACCUACCUGGACGACAACACCAAGAAGACCAACACUCCCCUGAUGCUGGCGGUGGCCAUGGCAUUGAGGAUGGUUGGACCUGUCGUGGGAUUCUUUUUCGGUUUUUUGUCGCUGAACACCUUUAUUGACCCUAGCAAGACCCCCUUGAUCGACAGAAAGGACCCCCGAUGGCUGGGAGCCUGGUGGCUCGGUUGGGUGAUCCUGGGCACCCUGAUGUGCAUGUUCUCCGGCCUCAUCGGUCUGUUCCCCAAGCAGCUGCCCAAGAUCAACGACGCGCCGAGGAUCAACUCCCACUUGCCGCUGGCGCUGCAGCAGACGAAGGAGGAGCUCAAGCGGGAGGAGAAUCUGUCGCUGAGCAGCCGCUUCUCCUCGAACGCCGCCCUGGACACCAUUGGAGCAGCUGCGAGCGCCAAUGCCGAGCUGCCGAAACUGAAGGACUUCCCGCGCGCCCUCAUGCGACUGCUGCGGAACAAGCUGUUGAUCUUCAACAUUCUCUCGGCGGUAUUCUACAUCCUGGGCGCCUCCGGCUUCAUGACCUUCCUCACCAAGUACAUGGAGGUGCAGUUCCACAAGGAUCCACAGAGUGCCACCAUUGUCGUUGGCCCCAUCUCCAUCAUGGGCAUGGUCGUGGGUCUGAUUGGCUCCGGGAUGGUGCUGUCUAAGAAGAAGCCCCACGUGAGCAAGGUACUCAUGUGGAACGUGCUCGUUGGCGGGGUCUCCAUUUUGGGGCAGGUCGCAUACGCCUUUCUCUACUGCCCGGACACCUUUUCCAUGACCCACGUAGGGCAACUAAACCUGACGAGCUCAUGUAACACAAACUGCUCGUGCGAAGGGGUCAUUUACACCCCCGUUUGCCACGAGCCGACGGACACCACCUUCUUCUCGGCCUGCCACGCCGGGUGUCGCGGAUACAAUGCCACCUCGAAGUUGUACGAGGAUUGCAGUUGCCUGGUCAAUGAUGCGCCUGCAACCAGUGCGACCCAGCGGCUGCUUAACCUCCUGCAACCCACUCCAGAACCGGAACUGGAUAGCACCACCGAUUUUGACGGGUAUUUCAGCGGAGUGCCCCUGCUCAACGACGACGGCGACUUCGAAGAGAAGCUGCGGUCCAGGACCACCAGAUCCACUCCCGAUUCGGUGCUCCGGCCGGGAAUCUGCACAAAGAACUGCAACUGGAGCUUUUGGGCCUUCUCCAUCACCUCGAUGAUCGUCAGUUGGUUCGGCUCCUCCGGUCGGGUGGGCAACGUCCUGGUCAACUACCGAGCCGUGGCCUAUGAGGACAAAUCCUUCGCGCAGGGACUGGCUCUGAUGAUGAUCAGCCUGCUCGCCCUUAUCCCGGGUCCCAUCAUAUUCGGUCGACUUAUUGACUCCACGUGUCUGGUGUGGACGAAAACCUGCAAUGGCAAUGGCAACUGCCAGUUGUACGAUCAGGCUCGCUUCCGUUACUCCCUCAACUUUUUGUCUUUCGUACUCACCCUAAUAGGAAUAUUCUUUGAUUACCUUGUUUGGUACUAUGGACGCAACCUGGACAUUUAUGGCGACAAGGAGGCUAAGGAAGAGGAACGCGCCGUCAGAAGGGAUCAACCUAUUACUCCGCUUCUGGCCAAGAAGUCCGAAAAGGAUGAAAUCUAAGCAUCCGUGAUACUCAACUAUAAGGGGUUGAUUUCAAAGGGGUUGAUAAUUCAAAGCGCAUUCCUAGAGUAAGUCUCUGUAAACAAAUUUAGGGAAAGAUCGGAAGAAAGUUAGAAAGACAUAUGUACAAACCUCCCGCUCUCCGAUAGUAUUUUAGUUAUUGGAUUCGCACUAUCCGAUGUCAUAUUUAAUUGUAAAUUGUGAAUUAUUUGUAUUACGUGCUAAGUUCAAUUAACUGUACCAUGAUUAGUUUAAUAAAGAAAACUAAAAGAA